CAUUAUUAAAAAGCCGACAGUGAGACAUAGAUUUUUGAAAAGCAAACAGUGAGACAUAUGUAGAUUUAAAAAAAUUAUUUUAACAUGAUUUCAAUAUGAUUUCGCAGCGUGGCUUUUUGUAUUUUUUUUUUUUGAAAAAAAUGGGUUAAAGUAACAUAAAUUAAUUAAUUAUAUACAAGUCAAUUACCUAAUUAUUUGACGGUUUCGUUAAUUUGUUUCAUAUAAGACUGUCUCACUGAUCGCACCCCUUUCAAACAGUGAGAUGUUUUGACUUUUUCUACGUUUAAGUCCAAUGUGAUGCUUUCAUUCAUUCUUUAACUACAACUUUUUUUGCAACAUUAAUAUAAAAUAUGUCUUUAACUGACUUCAAAGUUUGGUUAAGCUAUCUUGAAAACAUUCUAAGAUAUACCAAUUUAAAAAAAGGGUGUCUCACUGUUCGCACCUUUCACCUACAUGUUUUUUUUUCUAAUCAAAAUCGUUAUCCGUUUUUAAGAAAAUUGCAAUAUCUCAAAAACUUUAUAUUGGAGAUAUCCGUUGAAAAGGAGACGUGAAAAUGAAAAGACAAAAAAAUAAAAAAACCGCUCUUGGAAAUUACGUACAAAUCGUCUGUUCCGAGUUUUUAGCAAAUCUAUCAAUCCGUUUGAGCUCUUUUUUUCCAAUACUUCAAACUGAAACUUAUAACGGAUACAGGGUAUAAUUAUUGGCAGUCUAAAAAGUACAAUUAUUUAAGCCAACCAUUGUAUUUAUUUUACUUUCCAAAAGGGCCCCAAAUUCUUGUGUGCCCAAGGGCCCCAGGAUAGUUAAAGACGGCCCUGACAAAUUCAAAAUAAAAACAAUCAACACAACAAACAAACAUCAAAACAAAAAUCUGGCAACCCUAGAUACUACUCUAUCACAUAUGUUCCCACCCUCACCGAUAACCAUACUCUGAACAUUACAGUUCCAAUAGACAGAGAAAAGGCAAUUUUCGCACACAAAGCUAACUAUACACUCAACAGAAUAUUCACUAACACAAAACCAAAAAUAGAAAAAAGAGAGCAACACAAUGUUGUUUACCAAAUUCCCUGCAAAGGCAACAACAAUAACACAUGUAAUAUGGUAUACAUAGGAACAACAAAAAGAAAAUUAGCUGUAAGAAUAUCAGAACAUGAAGCUGACAUCAGAAAAAAGAGACCAUCCACAGCAGUCUCACAACACAUGAUUGACAACACACAUAUGGCUGAUUUUGAUAACAUCAAAAUAUUAGACAAGGAAAACCGCAUCUCCACCCGCUACACAUUGGAAAGUCUGCGCAUCCAGCAGAAAAUGAACCAAACGAUGAACCACCAAGAAGACAUCGACAAUAUCAGCUGCGUAUAUAGUGUUGCCAUAAAUUAAAGUCUGUGAUAAGAAAUUGUGAUAAUAGCUCUAAGUUUUUGUUGUAGUGUUUUGUUUAGUUUUUCAUGUUAAUUUAUUAAAUUCACUAUUUAAAAUUUUAAAUUCAACUAAAAACAAUAAAAAUGUACUAAAAUUUAAUUUUCACCACUAAAAGUAAGUUCUCAUAGAAAAAUUUAAAUAUGCUCCUUAUAAGUAAUCUAAUUUGUAAUUGUAUUUUUGUUAUAUUAGUCAAAUAAAAAUCCCCUGAGGAAGCUGGAAAGAAACCGGCGAAACGUAGGGUAACAAAAAGAUGAACUAGUGUUUCAUUAAUUGCAUCCAAAAAUAAAGAUCAUUAAAGCCCAAAUAAAACAUAAAACUUUAAAUUUCAAUCAUAUGAUCCGCCGAAACACAAGCAUACCAUCGCAAAUUUGAGUAUACCAAAAAUAACACAAUGAAAGGUUUCUUUGAACACAUAAAAUAUAAAUACGACAUAGACACCUGUAAAUCAUUAAAACACUAUUGCAAACAACAAAAAAGACUAGCAAAACACAAAGAAAAACUUAAAUUCCUACUAUCGUGCAAAGAUUAUGAAAUUAUACCAACACAUCUUGCCAAUAUAUCAUUUAACAUAUCAGAUCUUUUCACCACAGACACAAUUAAACAACAAUUUAACAAAAUACAACACACAUUCUUAAUAAAAAUAGUUAAGCUAGAGAUUAAACAAACUAUUCUAACGAUUAAGUUUACUGAAAAUAACAUUUUCCACACAAACAUAGAAAUGAGAACCACUCUUAACGAAAUAGAAUACAAUACAUUUACAUCAAAACAAAAACAAAUAUACAAUCAUACUAUUGAGCAAUCACAACUUACUCAAACCACUAAAUUUAAUAAGCUUAAAGAACAACAUGCCAUUAAACUAGGACUCAUAUACAAUGAAAGUUGGCUUAAAAAUAAAACAAGUGUAGAGUUCCCAAUAGAGAGUAAAUGGCUACUAUCUCUUGGUAAAAAGUUCGCUCUCCCGAUUUCAAGAGAAAAUUUCUCACCAAUUCAUAUCAUAGCUGAAAUAGAACAAUACAUUCAAACAAUUGAAGAUAACAAACAAAAAGAGAUUGCCAGAUCUAAAGUUUCAAACAAAAUAAUAAAUUUUAAAAGAAAUAUUAAAAACACUAAAAGGGAAAAAUUUAUAUUAAAAACAUACACCACAACUAAAAACAUAAUAAAUAAACAUAAAGAUGACAUAAUAGUCACAAACUUAGACAAAGGAAAUAAAACAGUUGUUAUGUAUAGAGAAGAUUAUAAUACAAAAAUGAAUCAACUUCUUGAAGAUAAAAACACCUACAAAACAUUGAGAAUAGACCCAACAAACAAGCUACAAAAAAAAAUAACGAAAUAGUCAAUAAUUUACUUAAACAAAAUUACAUAGAUUCUAGACAAAAAGAGAAAUUAUCAUGCUCUGCAGCAUCAGCACCAGUUCUUUAUGGACUCCCUAAAAUACAUACGCCAGGCUUACCAUUAAGACCAAUAGCAGCUUCAACAAAUGUCCCAUGCUACAACCUAUCAAAAUAUGUCGGUGAAAUUUUACAAAAUAUAAUAUCUCAAGACUAUAACAUCAAAAAUACAUCUCAACUUAAAAUUAAAAUACAAGAAAUACCAAUUGAAAAUGAAGACAUUUUGGUUUCAUUCGACGUCGUUUCAUUAUUUACAAAUAUGUAUACCAACAUAUAUAGCAAUAAAAAUAAUAAUGAAAAAUUGGGAAAUCCUAAAAAACCACACAAAAAUAGCAAAACCACAGCUUUUAAAGAUUUUAAAAUUCUGUUUAACAGAUAAUAACUAUUUUAAAUACGACAAUAAAUUAUUCAGUCAAACUUUUGGCAUGCCAAUGGGGAACCCAAUCUCUCCUACUAUUGCGGAUAUCUUAUUAGACCAUCUACUUCUACUUGACGAAACAAUAGAUAAAUUGAAAAAAUCCAAUACAAAAAUAAAAUUUAUUGCAAAGUAUGUUGACGAUAUAGUUGCAAUUAUUAAUAAAAAUGAUACAGAAACAAUCCUUAAAACACUAAAUGAAUACCACACUAAACUUAAAUUCACCGUUGAAUUAGAAAACAACAAUCAAAUUCACCAUAAAUUAAAGUCUGUGAUAAGAAAUUGUGAUAAUAGCUCUAAGUUUUUGUUGUAGUGUUUUGUUUAGUUUUUCAUGUUAAUUUAUUAAAUUCACUAUUUAAAAUUUUAAAUUCAACUAAAAACAAUAAAAAUGUGCUAAAAUUUAAUUUUCACCGUUCUCAUAGAAAAAUUUAAAUAUGCUUCUUAUAAGUAAUCUAAUUUGUAAUUGUAUUUUUGUUAUAUUAGUCAAAUAAAAAUCCCCUGAGGAAGCUGGAAAGAAACCGGCGAAACGUAGGGUAACAAAAAGAUGAAUUAGUGUUUCAUUAAUUGCAUCCAAAAAUAAAGAUCAUUAAAGCCCAAAUAAAACAUAUAAUCUUCAAUUUAUUAGCCUUGACUUCAGUCUGCUUCAAUUCGGGAGAGCCAAUUGCCAUUUCAAUAUCUAAUCUUGCACAAGAUGCGAUUGCUUAAUUUUCUAACACAUUUUUACUUAUUCUGGGUAUGAUAUGAUGCUGUAGUAUACCCAUCUUCGAAGGGUAUUGAAUUAUUUAUCGAAGUUGAAUGUUUCCAGCAAGUAUAUUUGAGCAGAGGGUCAAUUCUCGUUCUGUGAAGCUGUGAAGUGAUAAAAAUAAUAUCAUUUCAGUUUUAACAGCGUUUUUUUCAUUUUAUCACUUCACAGGCACUCCUAAGGCGAUUCCCAAACUCAAUGUGAUAAAUCCUUGAAAAAGUUUGUACUAAAAAGUACUAAAUGAAAAAGUAUGUCACUUUUAUUUCAUUUUUGAGUUUUCAAAUUGUGUUUUUUUUUUUACUUCAAAAUUUGUUUAAAUAAAAUGUCAAGAAGUUAUGGAAAAUAUUACCAUCUGUGGAUAAAAGAAAGGAAAAAAAUAAGAAGAAGACGACAAAAAUCAAACCAAGAAAUUAGCACAUUAGAAGAUUGAUUGUUGGAUUUGGCCUUAUUCACAAAACAUUGAAUUGCUUUUGUACGCGUUCUUUUUAAUAACAUGAAGUAAUGGGUUACACAAUUUAUGUAGGACCAUUGAUAAGACGUUUUUAUUGCACAUGUUUAAUUGAAACUUAUGUUAACAAAUAUAUUUAAAAGCAUUAAUAAAAACUCAAUUCAAAAGAUGUUGUUUACUUAUUGCUUCAACCCUUAUUGCGGUUUAGGUUUAAAUUCAGCAUGUCCCUUUCUUCCAAACGUGUAGCUCCGUUGCAAUGUGCUCUAAGAGCCACCAGCAGAUUUUUUGCGCGAGAGGUAACCGAUUUAUAAUAAUAGAGUACAGAGGUCCAUUUAUAGCGAUAACAAACAUGUAAGUAAGCCGGCUUGUAUCGGCGGCGCGGCGCCGACUCUGAGAAAAAGUGCGAUAACACUGCAGUUUUUUAAAUGAUUAUGUAACUAAAACAAAGUUUGGCACUCCAACAGUUUAUCAUUACCUAAAACCAACAAAAAUGGUUUAAGUAAGUUUACUCGUUACCUUCUGUCCGAAAAAUGCAAUUGAUUUGUGACAACUCACGAGAAUUUAAAUGCAUAUGUGGGCAGAUGGAUUCGUUUAAAGUUUCAUAAAUUAUAUUUUUGGUAUCACGUAUGGUUGAACUAUUAUAGAGACAGUAAUUUUUUUGGUAUCAUAAUCAUUUGAAAAAACUGCACUGUUAUUGCACUUUUCUCAGAAUCGGCGCCGAUAAAAGUUGUCAAAAUUACAUGUUUGUUAUCGCUAAAAAUGGACCUCCUUGCUCUAUUCAUAUAAACCAGUUACCUUUUGCACAAGAAAUCUGCUGCCAUUGCUUUUUUUUUAUUAACACACGGAAACAAUAAUAUUGCUUAAAAAGAUCAUGGUUUGUAGUUUUUUUUUUGUCUCAAAUGACUUAAAUGUUCCCAAUCAUAUCCUGAGGAACUUUUCAAAGUUGUCUUCACAACAAAAUUUGUUUGUGAUAAAUAUUUUAUCAUGUGAAGAUAUUCUGACAUUUUAAAAACUUUUUUCACAAAACAAGAAUCGGAUUUGUUGUGAAGCUGUGAAAAUUUUUUUCAUUUCAAAAUAUCACAGAACGAGAAUCGACCCUCAGGAACGGGAUCGCCGACAUCAGCACUGUUACCAAUUAGGUGACUGUUGUGCAGUACGACAUGUAAUCUCAGCUUUGAGUUACACUGCAUAUCAACUAUUACUUAUGAGUUUGACAUCUAGUAUGUUGAUGCUUGUAACUACUUCAAUUCGAGUAAAAUAUCCCUUAGAUCUUACAGCUUUCUGGCAUGGGAGAAACAUCUUUGUGGUUAAAUGUGAUAGUUUUUAUGUUAGCAAUAGUGUGUGUUUAAUACAGAGAUAAGGAUAGGCGGUUCCCCUCCCCACCUGGGACUCGAAUUUUUAUCUCUGGUACUCGCAAAACAUUUUAUUUACAGUUCACAGCAUCUUUCCCAAACAUAAACUUCGUGACCAUUCAUUUUAAAGUAAUAUUAUGUAGCAAUUUUAAUUUAAAUUUAGAGCUAGUACGUACCUACGUAAUAGUUUUUUAUUUAAUAUAUUUUUUUUUAUAAAAUUUAA